AUGGAGUCGAGGAGGCCGGCGCCCUCUCCUCUCGUCGACAACUACGUGGUACCUGGUGACGUCGUCCUGGACCUCUCGGAGAUGAACAACCAGACCAUUAAGCUCGGCGUGGGCCUGCGUCAGGAGUGUGACACCAUCCAGGCGACCAGUGCUGGGAAGCUGCGGUUGUUGAAACCCAACAAGUAUUGGAUUGAGAACUCCCAGAAGAGGUAUAUACCUUCUGUAGAAGAUACAGUUCUUGGUAUUGUGGUUGACACCAAACCUGACAACUUUUUGGUAGACAUAAAGGGUCCUAAUUUGGCCUUUCUACCAGUGCUUGCAUUUGAAGGUGGUACAAGGAGAAACAUACCAAAGUUCGAGAUUGGUACGCUAAUAUAUGCUCGAGUGGUGAAAGCAAAUAGUAUCAUGAAUCCCGAGCUCUCAUGCAUGGAUGCUUCUGGGAAAGCUGCUGAAUUUGGUCAGCUGAAAGAUGGUUAUAUGUUUGACACAUCAACUGGCAUGUCACGAAUGUUGUUAAGUUCGCCAACAUGUCCAGUUCUGGAGGCCCUUGGGAAAAAACUGUCGUUUGAGAUUGCUGUUGGACUCAAUGGUCGAGUCUGGGUGAAUGCUCCUGCGGCAAGUACUGUCAUUCUUGUAUCAAAUGCAAUUAUGAGGUCAGAAUCUUUGAGUGGCAUAAAACAAAGAGCUAUGGCAAUGUGCGCUUAUGCCAUCAAUGCAUUUUGGAGAAUUGCUUGGCUGAAAUUUUGGUGUCCUGCUCCAGCCAUGGGUAGCAGGAGAUACGGCAUCGAUACGAGGAGAUGUGGGAUUCACUCAGCACCAAGUAAAUCAAUGUAUCUGGAUGCUCAACAAGUUGUCAGCUGCCAAGCCACAGUGAGAGACCAUGAUGUUGGUUCCUGCGCUGUGAAGCAUCACUUCCCGUCUCCAAUUGUAUCUUGGAUAGAAGACCUUUCGAGCUUUGGCAAUGCUUCUUUUAGCUCUGACUCUGAAUAUGUGGAUGAGCAAGCCAGAGCUUCAGUGGGACAGUCUUCAACAUCAAGUAAUUUGCAUGAUAUGCAAAUAUCAGUGAGAUUGACAGACGAAUUCAUGGAGCUUGCAAAGGAGAAUACAAGCAAAAAUCUAGAGACUUGUGGAAUUCUUGGUGCUUCAUUUAGGGAUGGAACUUACUUUGUGACAAUGUUGAUUAUACCGAAGCAAGAAGGAACUGCUCACUCAUGCCAGGCUGUUAGUGAGGAGGAGAUACAUGCCGUGUUAUCAGAGCAGUCGCUUUACCCUGCAGGAUGGAUUCAUACUCAUCCUUCACAAACAUGCUUUCUAUCAUCGAUCGAUUUGCAUACUCAGUACUCUUACCAGGUUAUGCUACCAGAGGCUGUUGCAAUUGUGGUCGCACCCACAGAUCCAACCAGGAGUUAUGGAAUAUUCAGGCUGACUGAUCCUGGAGGGAUGGAUGUGCUUAGGGAGUGUGAUGAAAGCGGGUUCCACACUCACCGAGAGACAACCAACGGCAGUCCAAUCUAUGAAACCUGCUCGAAAGUGCACUUCAACCCCAAUUUGCGGUUUGAGAUUGUUGACCUGCGCUCUGUUCAAUGA